CGGAUAUGUACCAGAAAUUCUUGGCCAACUGCCAGUGGGCCGCAAACGACAGAUAUCUCGGCGCCCCAUUCAACACCGGCGACCGCGCCGAGAGCUGGUCCACGGAUGACACGUUCCUGGCGCCACCCGGCUCGCCUGCAGCCUGUGUUCGCGUAUCAUUUCGACAGUUUAUCGCGGGGACGCGUUAUCAAGAACACUGGGCGGUCGGAGGUGCAAGGCUGAACAAGAAUAUGUGUUCCAAGUUAGCGUCUGAGCUACAACUGUUGUUUGGGCCGACCCCAGAUCCUCCCCUGGUCCCGCUGGCGAAUCAGAUGAAGGAUAUACACAUCAAUUUCUUGCACGCUCUGAAUCCACGACGUGUGUGUGUGUUGGCCCCGAGAACACGGCAGCUUCCAUUGUCGUUCUCUAGCGAAAAGGCUGCGAUACGAGUUCACCAGCCACAACCAAGUCAUGCAACUCAGCAGUGGGAAUAUUACCAUGAUCCCGGACACCUGGGACAUCGCCAAGACCGACCUCCUCAGCUCACCGCAGAUUCUGGACGAGUACGAGAAGUAGAGCCAGCGCAGUUCCAAUCUCUGUUUUUUUUCUGGACUCUGUCGAUUUAAUACGCAAAUGGACCAAAUGGACCUUGUUUUCAAUUACGUGUGCGCUCCUAGCCAUCGCCUGAGCAUAGGCGGGACUGGCGACAACGGAACCUAACUCCCUAAACAA